AUGCCUUCCUCGUGGCUUGUAUUGGCCGCCCUUGCUCUUGCUGGCCAAGCCGCCGCCUUCCCGGCUCUGGCCGAGCAGUAUGCCGCACAGUCUUCCCAGAAGGAGAAGAGACUCAACGGCAUCAGCCCGGGUUUCGACGCAGAAGCCCAGCGCAUUGAUGUCUCUGGCGAUCACGUCUUCGUGCCACCUGGAUCCGGGGACAAGAGGGGUCCUUGUCCAGGCCUUAAUGCUUUGGCUAACCAUAACUACCUACCUCACAACGGUGUAGCCACCAUCACCCAGUUUGUAGAGGCCACAAACCAGGUUUUCGGCAUGGGCAUCGACCUAGCCACCUUUCUCUCCGUCUACGGCGCCGUCAUGGAUGGAGAUGGCCUCAGCUGGUCUAUCGGCGGUGCACCGGACACAACAGAUCUUCUCAACCUGCUCACCCAACCUCAAGGCAUCACCGGCUCGCAUAACAAGUACGAGUCGGAUGUGAGCCCGACGCGCGGCGACUUGUACCAGUACGGUAACAACUACGCCGUUGUCCGUUCCCAAUGGGACUCCCUCUUCGCCAAACAAUCCGGCGUCUCCAACGAAGAAUCCAACUACGGUCUCGGUCUCCUGACCGAUUUCCGUGUGGAGCGCUUCCAGGAGAGCAUCUCAUCCAACCCCUACUUCUUCAAUGCGCCCUUCUCCGGCGUUGUCGUGCAGCCCGCCGCGUACACCUUCAUCUACCGCUUCAUGGCCAACAAGAGCGCCGAGUACCCAGAGGGCGUGCUGACCAAGGAGGUGCUCAAGAGCUUCUUCGGUUUCACUGGUGACGACGACGACAUGACGUACAACGAAGGCUGUGAGCGCAUCCCUGAAAACUGGUACAAGCGCGCCAUCGGCGACGAGUACACCAUCCCCUUCUACGCCCUGGAUCUCAACGCCGCUGCGUUGGAGCAUCCGCAGUUCUUGGACAUUGGCGGGAACACCGGCACCCCCAACACCUUCACCCCGCUAGACCUCCAAAACCUCACCGGCGGCCUGUACAACGCGCAGAGCCUCCUCCAAGGCAACAAUCUCGCCUGCUUCGGCUUCCAAGCCGCCGUCCAGUUCGCGCCCGACCUGCUCAAAGGCAUCGUCAAAGACCUUGCCGGUGCGCUCGGCCAGCUGGGCGACGCGCUGACGGGUGCUCUCGACGGACUUGGAUGUCCGCAGCUGGGUGGAGAGAGCUGGGACGAGAGUGGUCUGGCGGCAUAUCCAGGCUGGGCCGAGUUGAACGAGGAUGGGACGUACCCUUGA